AUGUUAAAUGUACUGAAUGUAGCGGAGAAGCCCUCAGUGGCGAAGAACAUCACGGAGAUUCUAUCAUGCGGAAACGCAACCAGGGAAUUAACACAUUCAAAAACUAACCCUGUGUACUCAUUCCCGCACUGGUUUGAAGGAAAUAUGUGCAAAAUGUAUUUUACGUCAGUGAAAGGACAUUUAAUGAACCUAGACUUCGAUCAACCAUAUCGCAGCUGGCAUCGAACAGCAAUCAUAGAUUUAUUCACAGGUAAAUUCUAUCAAGACUUGCACAUCAUGUCCAGCACCCAUUCACCCAUUCAUCACGAGCGACUGCAAGGAUAUCGAAAAAAACAUAUUAAAAUACGCAAAAAUGUCCUAGAAGUUUGUUUCAGAGUUAACAAGAACAUGAUAGUUAAGAGGGCCAUAUUCUCGUCAGUUACAAGUCAGUUUAGUUUUCAUUACUGGAACUCAGAGUCAGAUAUUGAGCACGCAUGUGUAAAUUUAAAACAACCUAACAAGAAUCUGGCAAAUGUUGGUGCAGUUGAAACAAGACAGGAAAUAGAUUUGAGAAUAGGUUCCGCAAUAACUCGAUAUUUAACUUUAAAGUAUAAAACUCAAAUAGACACUAAAGCUGCAAUUCUCAGCUACGGGACCUGUCAGCUUCCCACACUCGGUUUUGUAGUAGAACGCUUCAUUUUAAUAGAAAAUUUCGUAAGCGAACCCUUUUGGACAAUUCAAGUGGAAGUCACUCAAUUGGCUGUUCUAACACUCUAUGAAAACUGUAUUCAAAACCCUAGUGGUAUUAUAAGAAAAGUUUUAAAGAAAGAAGUUAGAAAACACCCUCCUUUGCCAUUAGAUACCAUCGAGAUGAACAAGGAUGUGAGUCGAUAUUUAAGAAUAUCCUCACACAAGUGUAUGCAAUUAGCAGAAGGGUUGUACAACAAGGGUUUUAUAAGUUAUCCUAGGACAGAAACUAAUGUCUUCCCAAGCUCAAUCGACUUAAAAUCAAUAAUUGGCAAGUUAUCAUCGGUCCCCGAAUUUUCUGAGUACACCAAUACUCUUUUAAAUGAGGACGGGUUCCAUGAACCAACCAAGGGAAAUAAUAACGAUGAAGCACAUCCACCGAUCCACCCUGUGAAUUCUCUCACAAGAGAUAGAGCUGAAUCAGAAGAACACUGGUUACUUUACGAAUACAUCACAAGGCGGUUUCUAGCCUGCUGCAGCAAGGACUCUAUUGGACAUCAAUCUAAUGUGAUUUUGGAAAUUUCAGGGGAACUGUUUAACUUAAAAGGUCUGAUUAUCCAGGAAAGGAACUGGCUGAACAUUUACAAGUACACUACUUGGGAGGCGAAACUCAUACCAAACUUUUCUGAAAACCAGGAAAUAUUACCCAAUGAAAUUAUAUUAAAGGAUGGAGCCACUCAACCACCUGACCUGCUUUCAGAGUCUAAUUUGAUUGAUCUAAUGAACAAGAAUGCAAUUGGAACAGACGCGACUAUGCACGAGCAUAUUCAGAAAAUUCAGGACCGCUUCUAUUGUAUUAAGGACGAUAAGUUGAGAUUUGUCCCUACCAACUUAGGAAAGGCUAUUUAUUAUGGGUUCAAGGAGUAUAACUACCAGAAUAUUGACUUAACCAAGCCCAUCUUGAGGGCUAACAUGGAAAGGGACAUGAGUGACAUUUCCAUUGGAAUUAAGGACAAGGAUCAGGUGGUUUUGAACUACGUGAACCUUCUCAGGUCAAUUUUUCAGCUCAUCAGCAACAACUCGAAUAAGUUUGACGGGUAUAUAACUUGUUUGUCUCGAAUCGUGCCUGACGACGCUCCUCUUCCAAACAACUGUUAA